CUCAAGAUGAGCAAAAAGCCCCCAAAUCGUCCUGGAAUCACUUUUGAGAUUGGUGCUCGUUUGGAGGCACUGGACUACUUACAAAAAUGAUCUGGAGGAAAGGAAAAUGAAAAAUUAAAAAAAAUGUGGAGAUGUCUACAAGUAUCAGAAUUUGAUAGAACAGUAUAAAUUUGAGUUGGCAAAUGCUGUUUCCACACAUUUGGAGUUUUUUGAACUGUAUGGAACAUUUGCAAAUGUAUCCGUCACGAAUUGAGAAAAUUGAUUAUGAGGAGGGCAAGAUGCUGGUCCAUUUUGAGCGCUGGAGUCAUCGUUAUGAUGAGUGGAUUUACUGGGACAGUAACAGAUUGAGACCUCUGGAGAGGCCUGCGUUGAGAAAAGAGGGGCUGAAGGACGAAGAGGAUUUCUUUGAUUUUAAAGCCGGAGAAGAAGUUCUGGCUCGUUGGACAGACUGUCGCUAUUACCCUGCCAAGAUCGAAGCUAUCAACAAAGAGGGAACAUUCACAGUUCAGUUUUAUGAUGGAGUAAUUCGUUGUUUAAAAAGAAUGCACAUUAAAGCAAUGCCGGAAGACGCUAAGGGGCAGGACUGGAUAGCUUUAGUCAAAGCAGCUGCCGCAGCUGCAGCCAAGACUAAAGCAGGGAACAAACCUCGGGCCAGCGCUAACAGCAAUAAAGAUAAGGAGAAAGAUGAGAGAAAGUGGUUUAAAGUACCUUCAAAGAAGGAAGAGACUUCAACCUCUGUAGCCUCGUCAGAAACUGAGAAGAAGGAAGAUCUCCCCACAUCUAGUGAAACAUUUGGACUUCAUGUAGAGAACGUUCCAAAGAUGGUCUUUCCACAGCCAGAGAGCACAUUAUCAAACAAGAGGAAAAAUAAUCAAGGCAACUCAUUUCAGGCAAAGAGAGCUCGACUUAACAAGAUUACUGGUUUGUUGGCAUCCAAAGCUGUUGGGGUGGAUGGUGCUGAAAAAAAGGAAGACUACAGUGAAACGGCUCCAAUGCUGGAGCAGGCGAUUUCACCUAAACCUCAAAGUCAGAAAAAAAAUGAAGCUGACAUUAGCAGUUCUGCCAACACUCAGAAACCUGCACUGUUAUCCUCAACUUUGUCUUCAGGGAAGGCUCGCAGCAAGAAAUGCAAACAUGAAUCUGGAGAUUCUUCUGGGUGUAUUAAACCCCCUAAAUCACCACUUUCCCCAGAAUUAAUACAAGUCGAGGAUUUGACGCUUGUAUCUCAGCUUUCUUCUUCAGUGAUAAAUAAAACUAGUCCUUCACAGCCUGUGAACCCCCCUAGACCUUUCAAGCAUAGUGAGCGGAGAAGAAGAUCUCAGCGUUUAGCCACCUUGCCCAUGCCUGAUGAUUCUGUAGAAAAGGUUUCUCCUCUCUCUCCAGCCACUGAUGGGAAAGCUUUCUCCAUCAGUUCUCAAAAUCAGCAAGAGUCUUCAGUACCAGAGGUUCCUGGUGUUGUACAUUUGUCAUUUGAGAAGCUGGGGGCCUGUCUCCCUCUUGACUUAAGUCGUGGUUCAGAAGUUACAGCGCCUCUAGUCCCAGAUCCCUCUUACCAUAAUGAAUGUCCCAGGACAGAAAAGGAAGAUUCGCAGAUGCUUACAAACCCUUCUUCCAAAGCAGUAACUGAUGUAAGAGGAACGCCAGCAGCAUCAGGAAUAUUGAAAACGGAAAAAAAAGUGAAAUUAGAAGAAAAAAGCUCAGCAGCAUUUGGUAAACGAAAAGAAAAGGAUAAGGAAAAAAAAGAGAAGCGAGACAAAGAUCACUACAAACCUAAACAGAAAAAGAAGAAGAAAAAGAAAAAGAAAUCUAAGCAGCAUGACUAUUCAGACUAUGAAGACAGUUCCCUAGAAUUUUUGGAAAGGUGCUCUUCUCCACUAACUCGAUCUUCUGGGAGUUCUCUGGCUCUACGAAGCAUGUUUACGGAGAAAAAUACAACAUAUCAGUACCCAAGGGCAAUUUUGUCAGUUGAUCUUAGUGGUGAAAACCUAUCAGAUGUGGAGUUCCUAGAUGAUUCUUCGACAGAGAGUUUGCUUCUCAGUGGAGAUGAGUAUAAUCAGGAUUUUGACUCAACCAAUUUUGAGGAAUCUCAGGAUGAAGAUGAUGCUGUGAAUGAAAUUGUACGGUGCAUCUGUGAAAUGGACGAGGAGAAUGGCUUCAUGAUUCAGUGCGAAGAGUGCCUGUGCUGGCAGCACAGCGCGUGCAUGGGGCUGCUGGAGGAGAGCAUCCCCGAGCAGUACAUCUGCUACAUCUGCCGAGACCCGCCAGGUCAGAGGUGGAAUGCAAAAUACCGCUAUGAUAAGGAUUGGCUGAAUAAUGGGAGAAUGUGUGGACUAUCCUUUUUAAAAGAAAAUUAUUCUCAUCUCAAUGCCAAAAAGAUAGUUUCCACACAUCACCUGCUUGCCGACGUCUACGGUGUCACAGAAGUGCUGCAUGGGCUGCAGCUCAAGAUCGGGAUUCUAAAGAAUAAGCAGCAUCCUGACCUUCGUCUCUGGGCUUGUUCUGGGAAGCGAAAAGACCAAGAUGAAGUAAUCGCUGGAGUAGAGAAAAAAAUCACAACCGUGCACGACACAGCCCAUCUAGAGGACAAGAAAUCCCAUGUACAGAACCAUAAAGAGCCGCCCCGUUUGCCCUUAAGAGUGGAAGGCACUUACAUAACCAGUGAGCACAGCUACCAGAAGCCCCAGAGUUUUGGCCAAGACUGCAAAUCUCUUGUAGACCCAGGGAGCUCAGAUGAAGAUGAUGUUAGUAGUUUUGAAGAAGAACAAGAAUGCCACGUGAGAGAGAGAAGCCAUUUCCAGUACUCAGUGAAAGAUGGAGUAGCUGAAAAGAAUCCCGCUGCAAAGAAUACAGUGUUUGUCUAUCAUGAUAAAAAGGGCGCCGACGACCCUGGAGCCUCGCAUCUUCAGUGGCAGCUCAAUCUCCUGACACACAUAGAGGAUGUGCAGAACCAAGUCACCAGCAGGAUGGACCUCAUAGAGAAAGAAGUGGAUGUUCUGGAAAGCUGGCUCGACUUCACAGGGGAGCUGGAGCCGCCUGACCCUCUUGCCAGACUGCCCCAGCUUAAACGCCACAUCAAGCAGCUCCUGAUCGACAUGGGCAAAGUGCAGCAGAUCGCAGCUCUCUGCUCUGUAUGACGACAGUGAGCGGCUGAGGCGGCGUGGUGCUCGUCAGCCAGUGACUGUUGUUCUCCACACAGCGAGUGGAGAAUUAAGAUAAGAGGAGGGUGAAAAAGCUAAGUGGUGUUUGGCCAUUAGCUGAUUAGUGACAUCAGGAAAACACCCUGAAAAAGAAAAUGAACAGUUUCAUCAAGGAAGCUAAUUAAAAUUUAUGAGCAAGCCACAGAUGAUAUGUGCUGUACGCCAGGAUCAAUGAAGUAGUGUGUCAUUUGUACUAAGGAAAUUGAAUUAGCAAAUUUUUAAAUGCUUGCUAUAUGAAACUUGAGAUGCCUGUAGAGGAGCGUGGUGCGUUCAUAGUUUGUCGUGGGAGAGCCAUGUUUAUAAACCAGCAGUUUGGCCAAAAUCAAAAGUAUAGAGGAAACUCAAAUUCUGGAGUGCUCUGUAAGUUAUUCUAAGAACUGUCUUCUCUUGCAGUGGAUCCAUUGCACCAAAAUUUGGGUAUUUCAGCUUUCGUAGGAUCAUGAGCUAUUUCUUAGGUGACCAAUGUCCUUAAUCAGAAAACUGACAGUACAAGUCUCACUUCUGGGGGAAACAGUUGUGGAAUUCUGACUUCAUUAUGAAUAUAUUUUUGAAAAAACAGACAGCAAUCAUUGUAAUGUAUUGCAGGCAUUAAGCUCGGUCCAAACCAGGUGGCGUGCAGAAGGGCCUGUGUGUGCCAAAUGCCGCUGGUGCGCUGCCACGAGAGGGCCCGUGCCUGGGCCCAGCCGUCCGGCCCUUGGCCGUCGCCUGCAGGGUGCCUCCUGCGGACCCGGCCGCCCGGAAGGGACGCCACCCGCGGUACUCAGGCCUUGACUCGCAGCUGGGUGCCGAGAACGCGCUGCUGUUGCCUUCAGAAGAACUGUACAUAGCCUCAGCUGGGAUGAGGAGUGACAAAACUAUCAAAGUAAUGUGUGGCUGUGGACUUUUUAACUGCUGGUAGUGAAAUACUGGAAAAGCUUCAUUUCUGAAGAUGAAUUUUAUUUUUAAAAAAUACAUGCGCACUCAAAACGUUGAGCUUUGAUCACACAUGGACAAAUCCCUGAAACCAAAGGCAACCAAGUUGCUGUGUUAGCUCUUGCUGGGCCUGAGCCCAGGCCGUCUGCAGUGCUGAGCUGUGCCCAGGUGUGCCCAGGUGUGCAUGCUUGUUUGAAACAAACACUCGCCGUACAUAUGUACAUACUCUAUGCAUAUUUAUAUCCACACAUAUCUAGUUUUAUUACGAUAGUCUAUAAGAAUUGGCGGUUAACAUGAAAUGUUGCCUUUUAACAGACUGUUUUUAAAAAUUAAAAAUGUAUGUACAGGUUUUGAAACUUUUUUAAAAAGGGGGGAAAGGCUGUUUAGAGGAGGCUAUUGGGGACACACACUUGAAUAUUUCAUGCCUCACUCUGUCUGUCAGUUCCAGCGGCCUGUGUAAGUGCAUUUAGAAUUGACAGACAGGACACUUGAAUCUAUCUUUGAUAAGAACCCAUGCCACUGUACAUUCAGAUAUUAUUUAAAUUUGCAAACACACUGUUCUAUAUGUAAGGUACUGUAUGUAAAACUCUUUAUUAAAACUAUUCCACAUAUCCCAAAAUUUCAGUUUGCCUUUUUGCAGCCUUACGUUUUGAUGUAAAGAUGAUUAAAAGAAUGUGCAAAAACGUU